AUGACAUCCAUUCAGACUGAAAGCAUCUCGCUAACCGAUAUCCGCCAUGCUAAUAUCGAGGCGGAAGUUAACGACACAAUUAAUGACUCCAUCCCGCCACCCAACGCAGUAGAUGCCAUCCCUGACGGCGGGUACGGCUGGGUUGUCGUCUUCUCGUGCGCUGUGCAGCUCUUCUGGCUCAACGCAUGGACCGGCUCUUGGGGCAUCCUGCAGACAGCACUGCUCCAAACUACACUCAAGGAGACUCCCGCAUCCACACUCUCGUUUGUUGGUUCGAUUGGUCUGGCACUGAGUGUUGGGCUGUGCAUCGUCUGCGCCCGCAUUGCCCGGUCUAUUGGCGCAAAGCACGCAACGCUGGUCGGCAUUGUCUUCUUUGGGGCAAGCAACAUCAUUGGCAGCUUCAGCGUCCGUAGUAUCCCUGGGCUCUUCGUCAGCGGCACACUAUAUGGCAUAGGCUCGGCCUUUCUCUACACAAUGGCCAACAAUCUGCCGGUCCAGUGGUUCAGUGACCAGCUCGGCACCGCGAAUGGCCUCACCAAGCUUGGAGGCGGCGUCGGCGCCACCGUUAUGACCGUCAUCCUGCAGGCCAUCAUUGACAGAUUUGGCGUGGCAUGGAGUUUUCGCGCCAUGGGCCUCAUCUCGCUCGUCACGGGAGUGCCUGCGGCGUUGCUGAUCAAGGAGCGUGCGCCGAACAUGGGCGCCACGGCAGUGGACUUGAGCUUGUUUCGCAACGCAGCCUUUACAUGCUUACUUGUCUCGGGUGCCGUGGGCAUCUUUGCGCUCUAUGUACCAUCUUUCUUCUUGCCGUUAAUUGCCAGCUCGGUUGGCAUUUCAGGCUCGGCUGCGGCUGGCUUGAUGGCGUGUUUUAAUGCAUGCAUGGCACUCGGCCGUGUGGGAUCCGGCAUUGCAUGCGACAAACUCGGAUCUACGAACACACUUCUGCUGACCAUGUUGCUUAACUCAGUAACCAUGCUUGCCAUUUGGCCUUUCUCGUCAAAUCUCACACUGCUGAUUGUGUUUGCCGUUUUAAAUGGCGUGUCCAACGGCGCAUUCUUCGUGUCCAUGCCCGUGGCGGUUGGAAGGCUACUUGGCCCGGGUCUUGCAGUGGCAGGUAUGGGCAUGGCGAUGACAGCCUGGUUCGUGGGUGAUUUACUUGGAAAUCCAAUUGCCGGUUUUCUUAUUGGCGCAGCGGGAGCCGAGUCGGCAACGUCGAUCAUGCCAUAUAGAGCAGCCAUAUUCUACGCGGGCUCUACGGCUCUGGCGUCGGCAGGCUUGGUUCUUGUCGCUCGGCUCAGAAUGGACUUGAACAUGUUUGCCAAGCUUUAA